AUGGAUCUCUCCACCAUGCAAUCACUUCCCCAUGGAGGGUAUCCUGUCCUAGCAGAGCAAUCUGCGGUGGAUGUCUCUCGAGACUUGUCGCUUAAAAGCCCCGUGCCCAAGAACGUCGCUUUUGAGCUGCUACUGGACGAAAAUUCCAAGGUUCGAGCCCGUAUUCCCAUGCGCGUUCAAAUAUAUCCCCAUGAUACCACAGAUUCGAUUGUGACGACGGUCAAAAAUUUCUAUGGCAUCUACGAUGGCACCGCUAGCGGUGUGAGCUUCGAAGAUGAACAUGGGACCACCCUCAUCGCAAGGUAUGAAAACCUUAAAAAUAACAUGACGGUAUAUGUGCGAGUCAUUCCUAUUUCACCAUAUGCGGAACACUUCUACAAUGGGUUUUCUGUUGAGCGCAAGCGACCCAGUUUGGGCGAGCCAUUUGGCAUGGAUGGUGUAGCGCCAGUCUUGGAUCAGCCAUCGCGGCCUUCCUCUCGCCUUGCUAGAAAGCGCAGCACAUCCCCCUCUAACCGGAGUCUGCGAAGCGCUUCUCACCACAAGCAGGGUUCUCGCUGUGGAGUCAAAAGUCGUGGCUCUAGCCAUGCUGGCUUCCCUGAUGAUGAGGAGAUGAGCGAUAGCGAGGACAGCUAUAGUCGCAGAUCUCGGGGCGAUGCAUUUGCCAGCUCGGAAAUAAGCAUGGAAAAUAUACUACAAGAUGGUCGUCGCAAGCGUCCGAAGUUUGACAGCUCGGAACUCCCACUCUUUGUCCCUCCUCAAGUCCCUCUCACUACCUCGACCUCCUCCAUCUCUCCUCAACGUCGAUCGAUUGGUCAAGAAGGUGCCGGUUCACCUUUUGCUCGUCCUACACACCGCCCAUAUAACUACAACCAAACACUACCAUCGCCACAAAGCUAUGGCCACAGCGAAUAUGGGGUACAUUCAGGAAAAAGUACAGUCUAUGCGACACCCAUAGUUCCUGACCACGCAAACCGCAUACCCUUCAGCAACUCAGCUCCUCGAACAAGUGGUGCUGGUAUCUUGCCCACACCAGACCCGACCAUCGCAAGCUGCAUCUCUGAUGAGGAUGUCGCAAUGCAAUUGAUUCGUCUGGGUGACGCUUCCAAUUUCUCUCAUGGUCGUACAUCUGCGUCAACGCUGGAUGACGCCUUCAGUGGUGCUGCUGAUGCCGCCUCAUCGACUGGUGCUACCAGCGAAGGCGAGGACUUUAGCGAAGAGGAAGAUGACUUGCCAGCUCGUCGCAGACUUGACUCGAGCCCAAUGCUCCCUCCUGGAGCUAUCAAACGUCAUCACAAGGGCCUUGAUGACAUUCUCCCCAGCGCAGACAGCAGUGAACAUAGUUCUGAUGGCCUUGAAGAUGGUAUCAAGAGCGAGGUUGAAGAUGACACUUUGUAUAAAGAGUUUGCUCCCAAGGCAAAGAAGCCCAAGAGUCGCCCCAUGUCUGUCAAACCUCGAAGCCAAAAGCCUGCGCAGAAACCAAAGAUCAAGAGUGCACCUCUUCCCCCUCGCAAACCCUCUGACAAAUCGGCUGCGCCUAUUCCUCCUCUAAGCCCGAGCUCAUCGCGCAAGGUUUCAGGAGGGUCGGUCAAUUUCCAACAUCAACUCGGCGCUGACGAAGAGGAUCUCUCUACAAAGCCGCGCUGUCAGCGCUGCCGUAAGAGCAAAAAAGGUUGUGAUCGCCAACGCCCCUGCGGCCGUUGCAAGGACGCCGGCAUCGGGAUCGAUGGCUGCCUCAGCGAGGAUGAGGGUAAUGGACGCAAGGGCCGUUAUGGGCGCCACAUGGGUGUUCCCGUCAAGAAAUCUUCCGAAUCACCUGAGCCUCUUGAGUUUCCCUUAAUGCCGGGCUCUCCUCUUGUCAGUUCCGCGAUGGCCGAUAAGAACAAGAAGCGAAAGCGUUAA